AAGGUUAUUUUUUUCCUAAUGCUCUGCGUCGUUUACGCGACAUACGCUGUGACACACUUCUUGAAGGGCUAUUUAAUUGUCAGCGCAGGACUGGGUGCGUUCCCUGAUUUUGUUGCUGUGGUCCUUGUGGAUGAAGACGCGGUGGCGUAUUUUGACAGCAACAUCAAACACUUACAGCUCAGACAGCAGUGGGCAGAAAACAUAGAGGAGACAUUCAAGGAAAAGUACUAUGAACUAAUGAAUUACUUCAUGCAAGGUUUGAAAUCUUUCUGGAAAGGUUAUUUGGAGCCCCAGAAUCAAGGAAUCCGCACACUUCAAAUCAUGUUUGGCUGUCCACUGGAUGGUGAGGUGAAAACCGGACAAUACAGGGUUCAGUACGGUUUCAAUGGGGAGGAUUUCCUAACUCUGGAUACGAGAACCUUCACCUGGAUUGCUGCCAACCAAGCGGUGGACCACUUUGUCAAGCAAGAGCGGAAUGCUACUGAAAAUGUGGCUAGAACUUGGAAAGUCUUUUUAGAGAAUGAUUGCACUGAAGCAUUGAAUGUGUUUAUUCGCUAUGGCAGAGAGAGCCUUGAGAGGAAAGUCCCUCCUGAGGUCUUUCUGCUCCAGAGGGACCCCUCCUCUCCUGUCACCUGUCUUGCCACCGGUUUCUUCCCCAAAGGAAUCAGGGUGUCCUGGGAGAAAGAUGGAGAGGACCUGCAUGAGGACGUGGAGCUGUUGGAGACUCUGUCCAAUGAGGACGGAACAUUCCAGACGAGAAGCAGGCUGACAGUCUCACCUGCAGACCUGAAGGAGCACAACUACACCUGCAUUGUGGACCACAGCAGCCUGGAGCAGAAUAUUAUCAAGCCUGCGUCUGAGGAGGAGAUAAAGACCAACCUGGAUCCAGGAAACUCUUCCCUUUCUGCCAUAAUUGGUGUUGUGGUAGCGAUCUUUCUCUUGGCCAUCAUUUCUAUUGCUGGGGUCAUGCUGUGGAGGAGGAGAAGAGUUCGAGGGCUGUGAAGCCGGUGGGGAAGCAGCGGGAGGAUGAGAGAGCCAGUGACAGUGAGAGACGGAAGCCAGCGGGACCCUGAAAAGGGACAGCUUUGCAGUUUUGAUUUAUUUCUCAAAUAUUUUUCAGUUUAUUACAUUACUGGCAUUUAGCAGACGCUCUUAUCCGGAGCGACUUCCAUAGCGUACAGUUUUUUUAAUGUGUUAUCAGUGGCGGUAGGUAAGCUGGAAACAUGGGAAGCCCGAACACUACCUUUAAAUCUAUCAUUACUUUCAACCUGUUCCCCUUUAUCCUCCUUGAUUAACAAUAAAACAAAUAAUUCAUAGGAUAAUCAACACCAAUGGCGUAAUUAGAAUGAGAAACACUGCCUUAGAACACAUGUCUAAUAGUUUUUUUUUUUUUUUACACCCGAUCAGACCCAAUCCAUUACAAACAUAAGCUGUCAAAACCAGCUCAGGUCUGAUUUUUGGCUCUGGAUGGAACUGUGUAAACCUUUCACAAGUACCAUCACAGGGUUGUUCACCUGUGUCCACAUGUUGAACUUACUCAUAACAGCCACAAGGGGAGACAGUGAGCAGGAUUCAGGACUGUUACAUUAACACUCUAAAGCAGGGGUGUAACACAAGAAGAAAUGUUAAUGUUAGUGUAAAUGUUAAUUUAACUACAGGUACAAAUAAUAUGCCCCUGGUUAGAUAAGGCCUGUUAUCUAUGUCACAUACGUACAGCUUCAAGGGCAGACAUCUCCUGUCCAGAGAGUGUUGUAACCGCUCUGUAAACAGUGUGUCAACACAUUUGUCUUGGCAUUUCAAAAAGUAAAA